AUGCAGUCAACAACUCAAGUGACUAGAGACUUGUAUUUGAAAUACGGACGGGAGUCAGGUACAUUGACCAUUGAGGUCAAACAGAAAGUUUUAACGAUAUUAAUGACGACAUAACUCGAGGUGUUGACCUGAUCAAUUGGUUAUAUAGGGAAUUUUACGGACAUUUGGUCUUUUCAGUAUAAGAAUUAGAAUGGGUUGUUGUGAUGGAUUUGCUCGUUGUGUCCUUGUGACAUUCAACAUACUAUUUGUUCUCACAGGUGUAUUUGUACUGGGUGUAGGAAUAUUUCUAAAAGUAAAUCCUAAUUUACUAAACAUACAACAUGUCAUAGAACUGAACUCAGGAGACAAGUACAUAUCUACUGCUGCUUACAUAUUAAUAGGCUUCGGUAUAUUCGUUUUGCUUGUCGGUCUGUUUGGUUUUAUUGGUGGAUGCAAGCAGAUCAAAUUCUUCUUGGCACUGUACAUGGGAUGCGUGGUGCUUGUGUUCCUUGGUGAAUUUUCAGCAGGAAUCAUUGCUGCUGUUUACAAAGGAAAAGUAGACGACACGCUACAAACUGUAUUAAGAGAAUCUCUUUCGGAGUAUGAUUCGAAAAAUAAGACAAGUGAAUUGGUCAAUAAAGGAUGGGAUGGUGUACAGAGCUGGUUAAAAUGUUGUGGCGAACGCAACUUUACAGACUACACUGUAAUGAAAAUACCGCUUGCUGGUGACAAACUUGUUCCGGAUUCGUGCUGUGGAUCAAAUAAACAGGAAUGCCAAAAAGAAGCAAAGGCAAAAGUAAAACCAUUUAAAAACUUGUAUUACCAGGGUUGUUACGAUCAAAUGGAAAACCAAAUAAAGUCACAUAUAACUCUUCUGAUAGGCGCGGGAGUUGGUGUAGCCAUGUUUCAGUUACUUGGUAUAUUUUUGGCUUGUGCCGCUUGGAAAAAAAGUGAUGAUGAUGACCUAAGAGUUUAACUAUGUUAAUAUUUCUUACAAAUGUGUUUUUAUUUGAAUUGUUAUGAACUAUUAAUAUUCUUUUAUAAAGAUAUGCAUGUAAAUUUUUAGUUUGUUAAGGUUGGAUUGUUGAACAAAAUAUAAGUUGUAACAUUAUUUGCGUUGUAAGACUUUGCUGUGAUCUGUUGAGAUUUGUAAUUAAAAUUUAUCGAAAA